AUGGAGGUAGUCCAAGAGAGUCAACAGACACCCUGUUCAGGGGAUGUCGGCCAGGCGUCCAGUAGCGUCACCGUCUACGACCCUUGUGAAAACCAGUCAGCUGGCUCGCCCAGCGUACUCGAAGGAUCACAGGAAAAUAACUACCGUGCUCAUGAUGCCGAGAGGCAAUCACCGAGAGACAUAUUCUUAAGUGAUCAACAGCCACACGAUCUACUACAAGGGUCCCAUCUUCGUCCUCCACAGACGCCCCGGGUGCCAUGGACGCCCCAAACACCACAGGCACCACUGCCAUCACACGUGCCCAAGUCUCCCGCAGCGUCCUAUUUCUCACCACUAUUCGCCCAAUCAACCGGCCCCGCAGCUCCUACCUUCACGGCCCUGCCGUCCCACCCACCGCCAUCUUCUUUCUACCACAACGGUGGUGGCGCGGGCUCUCUCUGCGAUAACGGUAUCGUAGCAGAGGACGAAUGCAUCGACAAGGACACAAACUGCGCACCGCUCCCGGCUGAGCUCGGGCCCGGGUGGGAGCAAAUACUCCUCGACGAGGCGCGGCGACGUUUCGAUCCGCAGAUCACCGCUCUUAGGGACAUCGGAUGUGUCUUGAGACCGAGGAACAAGGAGGGGGAAGGCGACGACAACGAUCAUGAUGACGACGUCCGGAUGGGCGGCGGCGGCGGCGACAUCAAGAUACCGAAGGACGACAUGGGACGCCUGAUCCUGCUGGUCAAGAAGGACUGCACGAUCGGGUACAAUGCGGGCGGGGGCGAGGCUUUCGGCGCGGCGGAGGGCGAGGAAGUGGUGGUGGCGCGCGCGAUGCCGUUCAUACAGGUGGAGGGGAACUUGCGCAUGCAGAUCACGGGCGGGCCGCAGCAGCAGAAGAAGAAGGUGAAGAAGCGUAAGAGAAACGCCGAGGACUGCGAGGAGGAGGGGGGGCAGGGGGGCAGGGAGAGGAAUGACGGCGACGGCAGCGGUGGCGCUGUCUAUGGAGUCCCGGUGUGCGAUGCCCCGCACACCAAGCGCCCUGCGAAGCGUGUACGGAUCGCUGCAAGACGUAACGUCCGGAGGCAGGCGGCAUAG